UCAUUACCAUUCAAUUUAGUACAUUAUUCACGCAUGCCUCAUUCACCAUGUGUGAAAGGCCAAACUUUUAUUUUUGCAGUUUGGUCCUUUCACAUACUAAAUUAGUGCGUGAAAUCUACUUAUAUUUUUUUUUUUUUGUGUUAGUUUGAUUCAACUUUUUUUUUUGUCCUACAAAAGUCACGGAUUGCUCUGUUUGUGUAUCUGAGAGACACAGAGAGAUGGGGGAAAAUGGAAAAGGAAAAGAAGAAACUAUGCAUCUUCCAUUAUUUGAAUCAAAGGCAGCUAAAGGAAAAAAUAUUUACAAGUUAUUUGCUUCAACAGUGUUUGUGGGUAUUUGCUUAAUAUGGUUAUAUAGAUUUAUUAAUAUACCAAGAAAAAGUGAAUCUGGAAGAUUAGCAUGGAUAAGCAUGUUCUUAGCUGAGCUUUGCUUUGGUUUAUACUGGAUUAUCACUCAGUCUGCUCGUUGGGAUGUUAUAUAUCGUUAUCCCUUCAAGAACAGACUCUCCCACAGAUAUGAGGACAAGUUGCCAAGUGUGGACAUAUUUGUUUGUACAGCUGAUCCAAUAAUGGAACCUCCAACACUGGUCAUAAAUACAGUAUUAUCAGUUAUGUCAUAUAAUUCCCCUCCUGAGAAAUUGAGUAUUUACCUAUCUGAUGAUGGGGGUUCAGAAUAUACAUUUUAUGCUCUCCUUGAAGCCUCUCAAUUCUCUAAAUAUUGGAUACCUUUCUGUAAGAGAUUCAAUGUGGAGCCUAGGUGCCCUGCUACCUAUUUUGAAGAUGAUGCAUGCAAGAAUAGUAUAGAUAAAUCUUUUGUUCAAGAAUGGUUCAAUACCAAGAAAUUAUACGAAGAUAUGACAAGCAGGAUCGAAAUCGCCAUAGAAAGUGGUAACAUCCCAAGCGAAAUUAAGGCUCAGCACAAAGGGUUCUCAGAAUGGAACUCUAAAGUUACAAAGCAAGAUCACCAGUCAAUUGUUCAGAUACUAAUAGAUGGAAGGGACCAUAACAUGGUCGACGUGGAUGGAAAUCGACUACCAACACUUGUCUACAUGUCACGAGAGAAAAAACCAACCUGUCCACAUAACUUCAAGGCUGGAUCAAUGAACUCAUUGAUACGAGUUUCAUCACAAAUAAGCAAUGCACCCAUCAUCCUUAACUUGGAUUGUGACAUGUACUCGAACGAUCCAGAUGCAAUACGAGAAGCAUUGUGCUUCUUCAUGGACGAAAAUCAAGGGCACGAGAUAGCCUACGUUCAGUAUCCUCAACGUUAUAAUAACGCAACCAAGAAUGAUAUUUACGGAAAUGUGGCUCGAGUUACUCAUGAAAUUGAACUUGCUGGAAUAGGAGGUUAUGGAGCUGCUCUGUAUUGUGGCACUGGAUGUUUUCACAGAAGGGAAUGUCUCUGUGGCAGAAAAUUCUCUGAGGAUCAAACUGUUGAAUGGAAUAACAAGGAAGAAAAAUCCACCUAUAAAACUGUGGAAGAAUUAGAGGAAGCAUCAAAAGUUGUUGCGAACUGUAGCUAUGAAGAGGGAACUCAAUGGGGAAAACAGAUGGGGUUGUUGUAUGGGUGUCCUGUGGAAGAUAUAAUCACAGGAUUAACAAUCCAAUGCAGAGGAUGGAAAUCAGUAUACUGUAAUCCAAGUAAACAUGCAUUUUUGGGUGUAGCUCCAACAAUCUUAGAUGUUGCUCUUGUUCAACAUAAAAGAUGGUCAGAAGGCUUGUUCCAGAUUUUCAUAUCCAAAUAUUGCCCCUUCAUAUAUGGCCACAGCAAAAUCAAAUUUGGUGCCCAAAUGGGAUACUGCAUUUACCUUCUCUGGGCCCCUAUAUCUGUUGCCACACUGAUUUAUUUGUUGGUCCCUUCUCUUUGUCUGCUUCAUGGCAUCUCCCUAUUUCCAGAGGUGUCAAGCCUAUGGUUCUUGCCUUUUGCAUAUGUUUUCAUUGCCAAGUUCGUGUAUUCCUUGGCUGAAGCCAUGAUUUGCGGUGACACACCUAAGUCAUGGUGGAACUUGCAAAGAAUGUGGAUGAUUCGAAGGACAACUUCAUACUUCUUCGCGCUCAUAGAUGCAGUAACUAAGCAAUUAGGCAUCUCUCAGACAGCAUUCGCGCUCACAACAAAGGUCGUAGACGACGAUGUCCAGAGGAGAUACGACCAAGAGAUUAUGGAGUUCGGCAAUUCAUCUGCCAUGUUCACAAUCACAGCCACACUUGCAUUGGUUAAUCUAAUUAGUUUCAUUUGGGGAAUCAAGAAACUUGUUGUGGAUGCAGCAUUAGAAGAAGUACUGGAAAAUGUUAUGUCGCAUGUCAUUCUAUGUGGAUUAAUAGUUCUAGUGAAUGUCCCAGUUUAUGAGGCACUCUUUUUUCGCAGCGACGAGGGAAGCUUGCCAUCCUCUGUUUUGUUUCGAAAUGGGUUAUCUGAAGUUUGGAUCUUGGUUACAAUAUUGGUGGUGGCAUGUAGCAUCAAUGGGGCAUUUGGGAUUAGAUUUGUAAUUGAAAAAGAAGAAUGUUUUUCACAUAAGGUUGAAAUGGGAGAAACAGUCCAUUAUUCAUUUGUUGUUAUCAAGUCUGAAGGUGAUUGGCAUUACAGUGAAGAGGGUGUUGAUCUUGUGGUGAAGGGGCCUUCUGGAGAACAGAUUCAUGAUCUUCGUGACAAAAUAAGCGAGAAGUCCGAGUUUACAUCUCAUCAUGAAGGAGUUUAUCGUUUCUGUUUCACUAACAAGUCACCGUAUCAUGAAACUAUUGACUUUGAUCUACAUGCUGCUCACUUUGUAUACCACGAUGAGCAUGCAAAAGAUGAGCAUUUCAAGCCUUUGUUUGAGCACAUUGGAAAGCUAGAGGAAGCUUUGUACAACAUUCAGUUUGAGCAGCACUGGCUAGAGGCCCAGACAGACCGUCAGGCGAUAGUGAAUGAAGGAAUGAGCAAGAGAGCAAUCUACAAAGCUCUGUUUGAGUCUUCAGCUCUUAUGUGUGUUAGUUUUCUGCAAGUGUUCCUGCUCAAGCAUUUGUUCGAACGAAAGCUGGGGCAGUCCAGAGUUUAGUUUUUGGCACAAGGAGGAUAAUAUUCUUCUGCCAAACCUUGUAAACUCAGAUGUAUUCACUUUUUGUGCCUUUUUCUGAAAGGCAGGGUAGAAACUAGAAUGACAUGGUUUAUUCGAGAUUAAGUUAUUUCAUACAUUCUCUCAGGAAUGAGUGAGAUUUUCCUUAUCUAUGUUUUAAGAUUAUCUGCUUACAUGCAAUUUCUUUUAAUGGCUGUUACACUGUCCAUUGUUGUAAUCAAGCAAAUCUUAUAUUUGAACUCUCAUUAUAACCUUCAUUUUGGUUGUUUUGUGAAUGGAAUAUUCUUGUUUA